UCAUCGAUUUCUUUCCAGAUUCCACGGUUUUUUCAGCUCAGUCUCUUCGCGUGGAGCGGAGGAGAGUUUUGCUGGGCGCUGGGACGCUGCUGGCGUCUGGAGUGCUGCAAAUCUCGAGCCCGGCAUUCGCAGACGUGAAGAUUGCGUUGAGGAAUGUGGAGGCGACUCGAAUUCCGUGCCCUGGUAAGAUUGUCUUCUCAGUGCUGCUUGGCAUUCAUGGAUCCAGCGAAGCUUUCGUUCUCUUGGAGCUCUUCUUUUUCUUUCUCCUCGUUGUUUGUAAGCUGUCGGUUCUCUCUUUCACGUAAAAUCAAUGACGCUUGCCUCCCUAGGAGCUUGUGCAAUUUUUCAGAGGGACAGACAACAGUGACUGGUGGAACGUCGUUCAAAGCAACGUGUUUUCGAGUGACCGGGGAAGCCACGAAUCCAGCUUCUCAGCCAGUUUACAAUGCUGACAUUUUUGGAAGAGUCUAUGAUGCUCAAGGCGAACCGGCAUUAGAUACGACCGAGAACCUCCGGAUCGAUACGCUCGCCGAAAUACCUCCCGGCAAGAGCAAGGUCUCCUUCCAGAUCACAGUUAGCGAAGAACAAGCCAAGCUUGGGCCUCUAGAGCUCAAAAAUUUCAAAGCGACAGGCUACCUUGGCAAAGUAAAUAGCAAACAGGAUCCGGUCGUCUGGAUGAUAUCGAUUUCAGCGAAUUGGACAGUGACUAAAAAGAACUUUGCAACGUUGUGUAAUUUGUGAUUUACAUCAAAACGUUAACAAAAAAACACACAUAAUUUUCGUAGUAAA